AUAAUUUUCUAAGAGGCGUGACUUUAAAAAUCUGUAAAAAAGCAAAUCCGAAGAAAGAGAGAGAGAGAAGGUGAUUUUGAAAUUUCAGAUAACGCAGAAUUUUUUUAUUCUCGCCGGAGUUUUCUCCUCCCACCGUCUCUGAUUCUCGUCGCCGCCGUACACAGUUGUUGUUCUCUGCCGUUUCUGCAAGAUGAUUGGAUCGUUUCUUACAAGAGGAUUGGUGUACGAAAAUCAUAUUCUCAUUUGUUUGCUAAACGAUAUAUGAUGUGGUAGUUACUGUUGAUUAGUUCUCCUUAAUUUACUACUAUAUUUGUUAUAGGAUGGUGUUGGGCUAUGCUUACCCUGCGUAUGAAUGUUACAAGACUGUUGAAAAGAAUAGGCCUGAAAUCGAGCAACUUCGCUUUUGGUGUCAGUACUGGAUAUUGGUUGCUUGCUUGACAGUUUUUGAGAGAGUUGGUGAUGCGUUUGUUUCAUGGGUUCCGAUGUACAGUGAAGCUAAGUUGGCAUUCUUCAUAUACCUGUGGUAUCCUAAAACCAGGGGUACUACAUAUGUCUACGAGUCCUUCUUUAGGCCAUAUCUCUCACAGCAUGAGAAUGACAUAGACCAUAGUUUGCUCGAGCUAAGGACUAGAGCAGGAGAUAUGGCUGUUAUAUACUGGCAACGAGUUGCAAGUUAUGGUCAGACCAGAAUCCUUGAGAUUUUGCAGUAUGUUGCUGCACAAUCAACUCCAAGACCGCAGCCACCUCAGAAACGUGGAGGUAGAGCUAAUCAAGCUCCUGCGAAGCCUAAGAAAGCCCCUGUCCCCCAAUCAGAACCUGAAGAAGUAUCAUUGUCCUCGUCUUCUAGCUCAUCUUCAAGUGAAAAUGAAGGUAAUGAGCCAACCCGUAAAGUAUCAGGCCCGUCAAGACCUAGACCAACAGUGACAUCUGUACCAGCUGCAGAUCCCAAAAACGCGGGUACCACUCAGAUAGCACAGAAAUCAGUAGCUUCCCCAAUUGUGAACCCACCACAGUCAACCACCCAAGUGGAACCAAUGCAGAUAGAAGAAGUGGAAGGAGAGGCAGAAUCAGGGAAUGAAAAUCCCAACCCGGAAGGUCCAAAGGAGACAGUGAUGGAGGAGACAAUCAGGAUGACUCGUGGGAGGUUGAGGAAGACGCGUUCGGAAGAAAGCCGUUGAAAGAAGAAGAAGAAGCUCAAUCCAAAAAAUUGUUACUUACUUGCAUAACAGUGGUCUCUCUUCUCUCUUACUCUAUGUUUCCUGCUUCUAGAAUUACGUUGACAGGAACUAACAACUAGUGGGAAUGGUUGUAUGAAAAGUUAAUCUGUUGGUUUUGUUCUUUUAUUCAAUUUAGUUGCAUCUUUGACAAAAAAAAAAAAAAAAUCAAUUUAGUUGCAUUAAGUGUAAAAGAUAACACUCUUGUUUUGUUUGUUCCUUUCGAUAACUAAUUCGGUAAAAUAGG